AUGCUCCUUGAGGCAAUGGAUCCCCUCGAGCAGUUGUGUUUACCAUCCACAGAGUGGAAACAACACCAUGACGCUGCACUGCCUUUAACCAGAAAUCAACCGCUGGGAGCUUCACACUCAACCUGCGACAAUACGUUUUCUGAAUAUGCCCAACCUGCUUUACACAGCUACGGCUCGGAACGCCAAUCUUCUUCUGACGAUCGUCCGUCCGAUCGCUGGUUUAAACGAUCCGAUUCGUCAUCGUCCCAAGCAGAAACUGAGCCCGUCUGUGCCGAACAACAUGAAUCUCUUCCCAGAACUCUUCAGAAUCCAGUGGGCUCCUUCUCGUCUCAACCACCUACCUAUUUUAUCCAUCCAUGUCAGGUAACGGAUCCAAGACCCUUACCUUUCAUGCAUUCUGGACCAGACCGUUCAACAGGGCAACUGUUCGGGACCAAUGUGAGAGGGACAUACAGCUUUCCUGGUCAAGCAUCUCCUUGGUGUGGUCCAUCCGUGCCAGAACCCGAUGUUUCCCAUCUACAACCAUGGAAUUCAAUUAGCGUUAACACCUCGCUUGGGUACGAUGGGUCAACAGCACCGAUCUAUAAUCCUCAAUCAGUGAGCGAGUCCAACUUUAACGGCACGAGUUAUCACUUGUCAAAACCAGGUGUAUGUCAACAGCUUUCAACCGUAGACUAUCAAACUUGUAACAUGAGCACUGGUUCCGGCCACUACAGGGCACACGAUUUCAGUUGUCAUUAUCCUCCCAAUCAGUCAUUUGCUAAUUCCACUGGUCCAACAUCCACUAGCCCACAGUCCAAGCAGCUGAUGAACGUCUUGAAGGACUCUCACCUCACCAGCUCUUUUAACCAAGAAGAUGUACUUUUCCAAUCCAGUCUGGAAGCGAAAACACUGUGCUUUCGUCCAAAUCCCACCGAUAUGAGUGGUCUUGAUGCAUCCGGACUGAUCCAACAUCAUCCCACACCUGGUAGUUCUGAGUCUAACUCACAUUCUACUGCUCCUAUUUCACCUAGCCAAGACACUUCUGAAAACGGCCUUUCAUCUUUCGAAACACUCUCUCUCCCAACCGGCAAAUUUGAAGGGCCGCCACCGAUCUUCAACACAUACAGCGGUAAGUAUAGCGCGCGAUUUGGAUAUAUUCCAUCGACAGAACUUCCUCCUGGGAUUUCGCCUUCAGUCUCAAGUCCCCGUCACUUUUACGAACCGCAACAAAGUACCGACGAGUCCGGUUUGGAUAUCUCUGAACAGUCUCAUAAUGAGCUCUACACUCACCAGCAUCACAUUGUUCAACAACAACAACAACAGAUCGGUCAGACUCAACAGACUCAACAGCAGCAGGCAUGCCACGCGAAACCGCCAUACUCCUACAUCAGUCUCAUCACCAUGGCGAUCCAAAACUCACCGGCCAGAAUGUGCACACUUUCGGAAAUCUAUCAAUUCAUUAUCGAUUUAUUUCCCUACUACCGACAACACCAGCAGCGGUGGCAAAACUCCAUUCGUCAUUCGUUAUCAUUUAAUGAUUGUUUCGUCAAAGUUUCUCGGAGUCCUGAUAAGCCGGGAAAAGGCUCGUAUUGGACUCUGCAUCCAGAAUCUGGAAAUAUGUUUGAAAACGGUUGUUACUUACGUCGACAAAAACGGUUCAAGGAUCCCAAACGUGAGAUACUGAGACUUCAACCCAACACCAACCCGGCGGAACCAGGCUCAGAAUCGGAGUCUAUGAUCAGAGAACCCCAAUCGGUUGUUCAUCAAAAGUCUUCUAGUCCGUAUCCGACGGGGACAAAAUCAAACUCCAAGGUGACCAACACACGGGUGGAAUUAUCGGGGUUGGCAGUUAAACGUCCUCGAAAAGACGGAACUCCGGGACCACUGGCAGUCAAACUCGCGAAACCCUACGGAUCCGAGGAGGAACAAACAAAAGCAGAUAGGAAAUUCCAAGUACCCCCAUCUAACCUUCAUCUCGCCCAACCAGUUCCAACCGCACCGACCGAUUCGAUCUGGACAAAUAGUCUUUUGCUACCAGAAGACAUCAAACAACACUUUCCAACCUCCUCUCCCGAUGCGACUGGUCCGUCGGAUCUGGCUGCGAGUAGCUGCAGUCUUGUGGAAUCCGAAAAGGUGGAUCCGGAAAGUCCAAAUUUUUCAAUCGAUCGACUGAUGCAUCGACAGAUUAUCGAUGAAGUAACCGAUAUAUCACUGUCCGCUCAUACCCCGUUCACCCCAAAAACGAACAACACUGUGCUCGUCACACACACAGGGGCCACGAUGUUACAACCGUCUAGGUUGAAGCCAAUCCCUACCGCAAAUGGAAUGUAG